UGUGUGUGGUGUGUGUGUGUGUGUGUGUGUGUGUGUGUGUGUGUGUGUGUGUGGGGUAACUAAAGGUAUUCAAUAAUGUCUUACCAGACAUGUGAAACUAGACAGAACAGCCUGAACUCUUAACAUAUGCACAUUAUGCAUUUUAGAAAGUGCAAGCAAAGCAUAAAAGUUCAAACCACAAUUCUAGGAAGUUGUUGUGGUUUUUGACACCUUGACAACGGUUAGAAUAGAAGAAUAGAAUAUAAUUCCUUUAUUGUCAUCGCACCAGGUACAACGAAAUUUAAAAAAGCAAUCCUCGCAGUGCAUUUCCACAUAAAACGAAUAAAUAUAUCUAUAUAAACAUAUACACACAUAAACAUAUGCUCACACAUCCAUACCAACAUGCAUACAUGCCCGCACAUACAACUAUUGAGGACAACAAUGCACACAGGAUGAGAGCGAACUGUGUACAGACUUGAUGAUUUUCGGUCCAACAUCCAGGAGCAACACAUCUUAGAGACAUUUUUGUUCAGGUUGUUUCUGUUAAUAAAUGAAAUGUGCAUAUUUUCAAUUGAAGUUAAAAUAAAUCUCAAUUCUAAACAUGACAUUGAAAAUGUGUUUUGCUUUCAUAACACAUUUCAUAUUCCCUUUUGUUAAAAUUGCAUAUCAUUACUAUAGUCUUCAUUUGUUUAAUUUUAACUUUACAUUUUUAAUUGAUUCACUGAGUAAGAAUUGAACCUAUGUGACCUCCUUCUCACUCAAAGAUAGAAAAGGGGAAACCAUCUGAUGUAGAGAGGGAGGAGGGAAGAGGCUAUAAAAGAUGAGUGAAGAGAAACGGGGGAGCUUGGGGGACUUUUUUGAGGCUUGAAUUUGGGCUUGGGCUUUUUUAGGGCUCUAGGGGGCUCACUUGGGAACCUGUUGCUUUUGUACUUUGACCUUGUGUCCUUGUAAAACUUUUGUUAUUUUUUUGGAUCUUGUAAAUCUUCUAUAUUUGUUAAAAACCAUUUAAACAUUUCGACCCAAUUCCUGGUCUCUGAAGGUAUCUGCUUGGUCUUAGAGUAAGAGACACAGCCGGAGAAGGAGCACUGAGAGCAGCAUGGAGGAGAACAAAAAGACCCCUGGAGCUCAGAAACCGAAAGGAAGAGAGAGAUGUCACAGCUGUCAGCAAUGUGACAAAUCCUUUACAACAUCUGGAGAUUUAAAGCGCCACCUGCGUGUUCACACUGGAGAAAAACCGUACCGUUGUGAACAGUGUGGGAAAACGUUCACUAGCUCAGGUGAUCUCAAAAGACAUCACCGUAUUCACACGGGAGAGAAACCGUACAGCUGUAAAGAGUGUGGGAAAACAUUCACUGGAUCAUAUCAUCUCAAAAGACAUCACCGUAUUCACACGGGAGAAAAACCAUACAGCUGUGAAGAGUGUGGGAAAACUUUCACCAGAUCAGGUGAUCUCAAAACACAUCAACGUAUUCACACAGGAGAUAAACCGUACAGCUGUGAAGAGUGUGGGAAAACUUUCAUCAGAUCACAUCAUCUCAAAACACAUCAACGUAUUCACACUGGAGAGAAACCGUACAGCUGUGAAGAGUGUGGGCAAACGUUCACUCAAUUAAGUAAUCUCCAAACACAUCAACGUAUUCACACUGGAGAGAAACCGUACAGCUGUGAAGAGUGUGGAAAAACGUUCAAGACAUCAAGUGAACUCAAAACACAUCAACGUGUUCACACAGGAGAGAAACCUUACAGCUGUGAAGAGUGUGGGAAAAUAUUCACUAGAUCAACUAAUCUCCAAAUACAUCAACGUAUUCACACAGGAGAGGAACCUUACAGCUGUGAAGAGUGUGGGCAAACGUUCAUGACAUCAGUUGCUCUCAAAACACAUCAACUUGUUCACACUGGAGCGAAACCCUACUGGUGUGAGGAGAUGCUCUUUUCUCCCUAACCCAUCAUGUAUUUUCCUAAAUCUUUUUAUGUUCUAACCAGCGUUCACACUAUGCCAAAACAAGGCCUCAGAGAUGCUGUUUCUCCCGAUGUCCUUCAAAUCAUUGUUCUACUAUGCUAUGUUUCAACCAUGGUUUUCUAAUAGUCUUGUUAUUGCUUUUAUAAAAUAAUAUAUGUCCAGGAUUAAACUGCUAGCCUCGUUUAGCUGCAUUGAAGGCAUUUAGUUUCAUUGUUCAUUAAUAUGCCGAGUAGUUUCUCCAAUAAUCUGUUUGGUUAAUCAAAUGUUGUGACUCCAAACUUUGAUUGGGAUGUUUUGAUAGUUCCUUUUGAGUUAGCAGUCUGUUCUGGUCUAAAAGAACCAAUGAUGAAUGUAUCUAGAAAAUAUUCACAAUCUUUUCAGUUUGAUCCUGUUCUCUUUUGUUUAAAUUAUCAGAAUGUUCCAAAAUAAAAAAGGCCUUAGAAACAGA